AACACAUUCUGCACACACCUGCUCACAUAAUACACAAUUUCUAACUCAUGUAGGCAGCAGGAGGGCAUGAUAUGACAUGCAGUCCGAUCAAGCUUUAGUUUGUCUCACAAAUCUGUGUCAAGGGUGUGAGCGACAGACUGGAUCCUGGUUGGAGACUGGCAGUUUGUCUGUUACAUAGUGACGGAUUUUGGUUACCAAACAGGGCAGAGGAGAGUUCUGUAUAAAUCAUUGUUGGUACAUGUUUUAAAUGAUGACUAAUGCUUGUCUUUAGUUGCCAGGGCUCAUCAUAUUGCCAUAAAAUUUCUUAAAGUUUUCGAUUAGUGGUUUAGAAAAGUUAAAGUGAUAUCAAAUAGUGCCAAAACAAUUACUCCAUCAGUUAAUCAAUCAGAAAAUUAAUUAUGAACAAUUUAUAUAAAUGAGUAAUUGUUUAAGUCAUUUGGGAAAGGAAAAACAAAUAUUUGCUGGUCCAAGGUUCUGAGAUGUGAAGACUUCCUGUUUUUACAUGAUAAAUAACUAGCCCCACCAAUCAACAUUAUAAUAGGUUCAUUCUGUAAUAGUUGACCUCGGUACUCAUUUUAGCCCCCUGUCAUUAUAACAAGCCCAGAUUUCUCUUGUUUAUGAAUAUUUCACCAACAGGACUUUUGAAAGAGAGUUCGAGUGUAGUGUUUUGAACAGGUCACCAAUUCCUGCAGCCACUGUUGGCACAAAAACACGUUAAAGUCAUAUUCACAGACAUCCACUAUACUUAUGUACAACAGACUACUAACUACCAUAGUGAUUAAUAGUCAUGGUGAUGAUGUUUGUUAGUUCAGUGUAGGUCAUGUAAGUUUCAGGUUUUCUUCCCUACUGAGUUGCAUUCACCUUUAAAAUAGUCUGAAAUUCUUUAAAUAUUUAAAUUAGAUGGCCAGAAUAAAGAGAAGCAGAGAUCUACAGUAAGUCCCAUUAGGAGCAAAAACCUGAUGAUGUACUUUGCCUCUCUGGUUGGGUAGUGCAUACAUUAUGAGCACAAAAUAAGCUGAUGGACUUGGUUGCUAGGCUGCGUAGUCCCAAACGUGGGAGCUGAUGGAUGAAACCUUACUUCUCUUGCAUUCUGCUGCUUUUGCCUUUACAGAGCGAUGGUAGUAUAAUUAUGUUUCUUUUUUAUUAUGUCAUAUCAACAUGAUUUUUAGUUCUCAAUUUCUGCGAUAGUUCAAACAGUUAGACCAGUAUCUGUGGUAGCUAAUGUAAUGUGUGCUUACAAGGCUUUGGACCCUUUCCAGAUAUUAUUUUAAAUUGAUUUAUGCCUGUCUUUCUUAAAAUGUACCUGGACGUAUAAAAGCAAAUGCUCAGUCAUGAAGAAUUGAGUUGGUAUUUUAAAAUAUGGUUUUAGCUAUUGGAGAUGUGAGGCAACUGACCCCAACACUGGUGUCUGUCUGUAUGUUUAUUUUAGGGCCGUCUAUUCGUAGAUCUUUUUGCCUGCCAGUAUCAAAUAACACUGUGCACUCUCACCCAGAGUGAGAAACUCACAGGCCUGGGGCUUGGCCCAUUCCCAUGAAGUGGGACAACUAAGUUAGCUGAAUAACUGUGUUUAUUAAAAACUGCCAUUCCUUCAUAUCUCACAUCUCUCAGUUAAAAACAGCUUGGUUCUACUUAGUAGAACAUAAUGCAGCUUAUUUAGUGAUCCUUCCUCACGUAAGGGGAUCCACACAGAGCCAUAGUCUUUUUAUGUCCAAUAUAUCCACAUUUAUGAUACUGGGCUAGAAUGAUUACUUAAAUAUUUAAACUGGAUACAGUAUAACCACACAUGGAUGGACAAAAGGUUUCAACAAGGUAAAAUCCUGCUUCUUUUUAACAGCACAAAACAGAAGGUAUGUGACAUGCAUUGAAAGGAAAAUGUUUUUCUAUUAGACUGGGACUUGAUAGUAUCAGUAACUGUCGGAGGAAAAUUUGUUUUAAAUAGUUAUUCAUUUUGCAGCAGAGAUUGUGUAGCAGCAAGAAGUUAAAGCUUUAUAACGCCACACCUUUACCAGUUAAACUAACAGAAAUCAUAACAGAAAUCUUCUAGCUGAAGUCUACUAUGUACUACUUGGUGCUACAACCAGGAUCAUCAGUAAACAUAUCUUGUUGAUAUCUUAGUGAUGUUCGAUUCAUUAUUUUGCCUAUAAAAUGAAAAAAAAUUACAAUUUACAGCACAAGUUACCAGAGCCCAUAUUGAUCUUUUAACAGUGCUUUUAACCAACAAAUGUUUAAUAUUUGAAUGUGACAAAAGGCAUAAUUGGAGUGUUGGCUAAAAUUUAUGUGGAUUAACUUGUUGGGUAAUCAGUUAAGAAUAGUUUCAGGUGCAUCCACAGUAACACUUGAUGAAAAUUAUAAAAUAUAUCUAUUAAUGUUUUAUCAACAAGAUUUGGUAGGCUGUUAUGUGGGCAUGCUCCAGUGGUCUGUAUUCUGACUUUAGCAGCAAUUGUCAGGAUUGGGUAAACCCAAAUAAACUCAUAGAAUAGAAUAGUUUACACAGAUUGACAUCACCGUCGUUAUUUUGUUCAGUCAGUACCCCUCAUUUUCCCUGCACUGAGUCUGUGGAAAAAGUCACUUCUAAUGAUAAUUUAUUGAGCAAACAUUCAUUAUUGUUUUUGAAUUGGAAGAAUUUAAAUUUGUUCAAAUAAAAAGUUAAAGCUUUCCAUACGUCCACGUAUGUAGGACGAUUUUAAGAUUUAAAAUUUACAUUCGAAGAGAAACCCAGUUGUCAUUUUCCAACAGUUUUCAUGUCAAAUCAAAUUGAGUGGUGGGUUGUGUAAAGUUGUGCUGCAAGUGUAACUCUACCCAAGUGUAGUUACAGCAGUUAACCCAGGUUAAAGAGCGGCACAGUGAAAGCUGAACUGAGUAAACACUCCCCUCAAUUGAAGGGCACAAGGAUGUGAACAUUACCUUCUCCCCCACCCACCCUCCAUCUUUUGUUCCCAUCGUAUCCAUCAUCCCUCAUGUAUUUCUCAUUUCCCUCUCUCAUCUGAUCUGCAUGUUUACAAGAUGGAGUGAUUUCUCUCUCCAUCUGGGGAGAUUAGUUGUCCAAGGCUGUCCUUCUGCAUACAAGAUAUAAAGAUGAAAGGUGGACAGACACACACUCUUCCUCCUCCCUACUAUCAGUCUAUUCUCAGUUGAAAAAAACAACAACUUUGUAGCAGGAUGUUCUUCCGUGGCUGUUAUUAUGAUUUGGAAGCAGUAUGUCAGGGUUCCGUUCAUUCUAACGACAGUCUGUCAGACUCCAGCCCACCUGCCCCUGGGGUUCCUACUCAGGUGGUUCAGCCAGUGCAGACCACCCAGCAGCAGAGGUCAGUGUUGCAAGCGGUAUCGCAGGCAGCCAAGAGGAUUCAGAGUGGCCACAUCAACAACCUUCAGUCUGUGCACAUUAACCAGGAGGUGGAGCAUGUUUAUUCUGGACAGGUGUAUGUGGAUGGAGGAGGAGAUGCAACUUUUAGCACAUCCAACAUUCGAUCGGGCAACUACCCUUUCUCGGACUCACCCCUCUACUCCCAGACGCCACCCGCCUCCUCCUCAACCUACUACGAGGCCACACCCAGCUCCGAGUCAGACAUCACCGGAUCUGUGACCUCGCAGCCAGUUUCUGUUGCAGCAGCAGGAGCCAGUAGUGGGGGAGCUGCUGCUGGUGGAGCUGGCUAUGUCAUUCAGGGAGGUUAUGUGUUAGGAGGGGCAGGAGGAGCAGCAGCAGCAGGUGGAGGUGGAGGAGGAGGACAGAGUUACUCCAGCCCUAACUCUCGAGCCCCUCCUGCUACUGUGCAGUGGCUGUGUGAUAACUACGAGGGGGCAGAGGGAGUGAGCUUACCUCGUUGCACCCUCUACUACCACUACCUGCUACACUGCCAGGAGCAGAAACUAGAACCUGUUAAUGCUGCAUCCUUCGGCAAACUCAUCAGGUCGGUCUUCAUGGGGCUUCGUACACGGAGAUUAGGGACCAGAGGGAACUCUAAGUACCACUACUAUGGUCUGAGGAUCAAAUCUGGCUCGCCUCUACUCAGGCUGAUGGAUGAACAGCAGCACAUGGCGAUGAGGCAGCAGCCUUUCUCCCAGAAAAACAGGAUAAAGCCAGUUCAGAAGACCCAGGGGAUCACCAAUGGGACAUCAGGUGGGAUUGGUCAGCAGCAGGCAACAGCGCUCUGUGAUAUUUCGGCGCAGGUGCAGCAGUAUCAGCAGUUUUUGGAGGCAUCAAGGCCAUUGCCAGACUUUGUGGACAUUGAUCUUCAAGAUCGAACCCUGCCGGAUGGGAUCCUUUUAGAACACCUCAAGGCCUUUCAGACUCUCUACAGAGAACACUGUGAGGCCAUUCUGGACGUGAUGGUCAACCUUCAGUUCACUCUUGUGGAGACACUGUGGAAAUCCUUCUGGAGGUUCAGCCAGAGCAGUGAGACAGAAUCACUUAACCUGCACAAUGAGUCUGAGAAGCGUCUGCCCAAAUCGUGCCUGGUGGUGCUGUGCAAGUAUGAGCCGGUCCUGCGCUGGACGAAGGAGUGCGACAACCUGCUCUACCAGACUCUGGUCGAGAUGCUCAUCCCUGAUGUGCUGAGACCCAUCCCUAGUGCCUUAACUCAGGCCAUCCGUAACUUUGCCAAGAGUCUGGAAAAUUGGUUGACUGGCGCCAUGAUGAAUAUCCCAGAGGAGAUGGUUCGCAUAAAGGUGGUGUGUGUAGGCUCCUUCUCCCAGACGCUGCGCCGCUACACCAGCCUGAACCACCUGGCUCAGGCAGCCCGCGCUGUCCUCCAGAACUCAGCCCAGAUCAAUCAGAUGCUCUCUGACCUCAACCGGGUUGAUUUCACUAACGUACAGGAGCAGGCAUCCUGGGUUUGUCAGUGUGAAGACCUUGUGGUACAGCGGCUGGAGCAAGACUUUAAGAUGACUCUGCAGCAGCAGAACUCUCUGGAGCAGUGGGCUACGUGGCUGGAUGGUGUGGUCUCUCAGGCACUAAAGCCCUACGAACACAACCCUGUCGCUCUACCAAAGGCUGCCAAGGUCUUCUUGCUCAACUGGUCUUUCUACAGUUCUAUGGUAAUCCGGGACCUGACCCUGCGCAGUGCAGCCAGUUUUGGCUCUUUCCACCUGAUCCGCUUGCUGUACGAUGAAUACAUGUACUACCUGAUAGAACACAGGGUUGCCCAGGCCAAAGGAGUGACGCCCAUUGCGGUCAUGGGAGAAUUUGCCAGCACCAUCAAGAGCAGAAGCUCUCCGGACCUGGAGAAAGAAGAAGAAGAGGAGGAGGAGGAAGAGGACAGCGAGGACGAGACCGCAGAUCUGGUGCUGCAGUCCAGCUCUCUGAGCGCCGUCAACGAGAAGGAGCCGAUGGAGCCGCCUGCCAAGCAGUCCAGGACAAGUUUAAAUCUGCACACCCUGACUGAGACCCACAGCACACCACCUUAGUCACACAAUUAUCUCUCUCUCUCUCACACACACUUUUUCUCUAAGUUGAACAUCAUGUCAUUUUUCAUCCUGUGUAUGCAUCUGGUUUGCAAACAGAUGACGUCUGGUGUGUGUGCGCGCAUGAGUGAAAGCAUGUGAGAAAUUGGGAGAACCUUUUGCCAAUUUUGUAUUUUGUGCUUUUGUGCUGCCAUUAUUUUUCUCUUUGCCUUCACUUGAUCAUUUAGAGCCCUUCCCUCGCUCCCUGUGCCUUCCCUGUCUGUACAGUGGCUGGAUGUUAAUACCCACUCCACUGCACACCUAAGCUAUACUGUAUACAGUGUGUGUGCGUGUGUGUAUAUACACACCCUCCUGCCCCGCCUUAACCACUGACCUGAUUGCUGUGGAGAGAUGAUAAGACUCCAGUGUUCUUCAUUGUACUCUGUACUCAAAAAUAUUGCUCACUUUGCCUUUUAUAGCAAUGACUAUGCAGGGGAGCUGGACUUAAAUGGAUGGCAUUGUCUGAAAUAUAAGUUGUUUUUUUAACCUCAGAGUAGCAUCUGGAAUGAUACUGCACUAUGGAUUUUGUUGGCACAUGGAUGUUAAUUGACAGCUAAUUGUGGAUGCCAUAUUUUACUUUUUUAAAUGUCUCUUCCUUAUGAAUUUGGCCAAUUAACUGAUACCCUGUGCCUUUGAGAGAUUUCUAGCCUGAAAAAGCUUGUAUUCUAUAUAAUCUGUUUUGGUGGAUUAAUAAAUGAAGGUCCUGUGAA